UUCAGGUCUCUGUUGUGACUCGCUCUUCAUUUAGCAUGGAGUCCCUACCGCUAGCUUUUCACGGGGGCCAAGAAAACCAUGUUUUACACGUGGAAAACGAUCUGGUACGUAAAGGACCCCGUCGCAAGAGGGAGUUCAUACCUGAAGAAAAGAAGGAUGAGCUCUACUGGGAGAAACGUCGCAAGAACAACGAAGCUGCCAAGCGGUCACGGGAGAAGAGAAGGAUGAAUGACUAUGUGCUGGAGACUCAUCUCAUGGCUCUGAAAGAAGAAAACGCCAGGCUCAGUGCUGAGUUAAUGGCCAUCAAGCUUCACUUUGGCUUGGUUCACCCUGCAGCGUACACAGGCCAACAAAGUAAUCCACUGCAAUGCCAUUUCAACAGCAGCAGCCAGCCUGUAAGCACCACCAGCACCCACCAACAAUCCCUGCAGAGAAACUACUACUGGGGUGGUAGAGACUCUUCUGUCCUGCCCAGUCACCAGCCUUCUAACUCCUUUCUGAUCCCUGCAUACGCCCUUCAUACGAUGAGAGGCUAUUCGUAUUUCAACAGACCAGCUACUAGCGGCUCUGGCAUCCUCAAGCCCCUUGUGCUUCCUCGAAAUCUCCUGCCAACCCAUUCCCAUCAUCCCGUAGGUCCUCUACUGAAGCCCAUGGCAACAAGAACCCCCUCAGAUGAAGAGGAGGAGCAGCAGGUUCCAGGGCUGCUGUCCAUGUCUUGCCCACCUCCGCCUCAUAAAAUCAUCGCCAGAGCAGGCAGAGCCCAUUCUCCACAAAGACAAUACAUGUCUGACUGA